AUGGCGAAUCGCGGCCGAACGGGAUUUAUAAUAAGUCAAGGGAAGAUCCCUUUGAAAGACUACCACCACCAUCGCGACCCCGCAACGUCGCAUCAGCAGCCUUCACCUCUCCCGACGCCGCCCGAGAGGGCCUUCGCUCAACCAAUUCUUUCACUUCAGAGCCCGGCGACCGUCCAGAGCGGUUCGCUCUGGCGGGACCCAUGUGCCGGAGGCACGCUGGCGGGCAACUACCGAGUAGGGGACUACAAUGUCGAUUAUUCUGCACAGGAGUCGCAUCCGAGCGACCAAGGUCAACAGCAGCAUGGUUAUGACACGACGCCCUCACAUCAUCAACAUCAUAGGAGCUCUCUCCACCAUGGCACCGCUCACACGCCAACUCUCCAUGAGCCGCCCACUAGCCAUCACUCCCAUCAUCCGGCCAUGCAGCAACACCAGCAGCACCCUCACCACUCUCACCACUCCCAUCAGGUUCUAAUGGACCCGGGGCACCACAUGGGCCACGCCCGGCACUUGGGCCCGCCUCACUACGGUGCUCCGGGCCCAGUCGUUGCUCCUUUGUAUCCAUCCAUGACAACGCCUACACAAUCUCAUGCGCCCCAUGGAGCACCAAAAAGACCGAGACCAGACGAGCUUGACCUGUCCGUUCCCGGAAUUGACCUUGAGCAGACGGACCUCGAGACCAUGCAGCAGACCCCUCUGGGCACCGCCUAUGGACAAGCGACCCAGCAAGUGCAAGCUCCUACGCACCAUCACCAUCGACUACCCGAUACAGGACCCCCUUCCAAGAUGAUGAGGCGUGAUGGUGACGGCGGAGACAGAGGCGGUGCUCCGAGCGUCGUGGGACAAGCAGGCAUGCCGACUCCGGCACCGAGACCAAGGGGCCCGAAGCUAAAGUUCACACCCGAAGACGACCAGCUCCUCAUAGAUUUGAAAGAGAACAAAUCCCUGACAUGGAAGCAAAUCGCGGAUUUCUUCCCCGGGAGAUCAUCAGGGACACUGCAGGUGCGCUAUUGUACGAAGCUCAAAGCCAAGACCACCCAAUGGACCGACGAAACGGACCAAAAGCUUCGCACUGCACUGCAAGACUACGAGAAUGAGAAAUGGCGCAUCGUAGCUAACAAGGUCGGAACCGGCUUCACCCCUGCUGCCUGCCGAGAACGCACGCAGGAAUUGAUGGGCGGUCCUCCCUUAUAG